UCGGAGGGUGAUACUGAUGAUGAAAAUCUAUAUAAAGCAGAGAAGUCUCCGCCAACAGUAGACAAUUUGUCGAGCUCAAUCAGCCAUUCAAGGAACAACCAUACAACAAAUUCCAUAUCCAGACUUGACCGUCAAAAUGAAGUUCACUACCAUUACAACUCUUCUCUCCACCAGCGCAGGUGCCCUCGCUGCCGGCCCCAGCGCUACAGCCAAGAAGGCCACGGCCAUUGAGUCUAUCAAGGGCGACAACGGCAUCACCACUCCCCUCCCUAUCCAGCCCGGCAUGGUCGACAACUGCGACGUUUUCUACUACGUCAAGCCCGGCGAUAACUGCCUCCAGAUCUCCGCCCAAUUCGGCAUCUCCUUUGACCAGUUCAAGGAAUGGAACCCUACUGUCGGCAAUGACUGCCUUAGCCUCUGGGCCGACGCCAACGUUUGCGUUCGCACCAUUGGCUUUGAGUACCCUGAGAUUGCAGCUUGCUACGGUAGCGAGAAUAUUCUCCCCUGGGGAAGUAACAAGGUUGCUGCUGCGAAGGCUGCUACUGAGUGGUGUAGCAAUGGCGCGCAAGGCGUUUACAAUAUUGGUGAGAAGAGGACCAAGUGUGUCAACGCGCCGUCCGGUGAUGGCAAGUUUAUCUUUGAGAUCUACAAUGAGUGGGGAAUUCGUCAGGGUCUUCCUUCUCAGGAGUGUCAGCGAAACCUCGUUCUUCCUAUCUCCAAGUGUCCCGAGGGAGGUCAGGGACGCAUGAAGAGCUGGCACACAGAGACUACUUUCGAGAAGGGGAAGUGUUAAAUCUUGGACGACCACUCUUGAUUGACGAUUGCUUGAGAGCACCGCGUUCGUCUCUCAGUCUAUUGAGACAAGGCAGUGAUGAUCUGCCGGCCGUGUCCUUCGGAUCCAUGAUAUCCAACUUCAUAGUAUAUAAUACGAUAUCUCUAAUUAUCUGCCAAACCUGUGC